ACGAUUGUCAUUACAAUCAUUUAUUUAAUCAACACUUAUUUAAUCAAGUUAAUUGUGACAAGAUUGAAUGAUGAACAAUAACAAUUGGGAUCCAGUCAAUCUUUUCAAUUCAGUUCUUUAUUGAUUCCGUUUCCUUUUCUGCUCAUCUGAUUACUAACAUUCAACAUCAUCAGGUGUUUAUUUUAAUCAUCUUUUUUAAUUGUCUAAUUUGCUCACAUUGUUAUGGUAAUGUCUAGUGUAACCAUGAAAUCGAGUCAAAUGAGAGAGGUUGAUUUCAUUUCCAAACUAAUCAAAUAUGGACCAGUAUUGACACGACAUUUAUUGACCAGUAAAAUUGACCAAUUGCUCAGAAUCUUUCGAUCUGAAAUGAGUCAACCCGAUUGUGAUACAAGUAAAAUCGAUCUUUGUUCAAUUGCAAUCGAAACUCUGGUCCUACUUAACGAGUCAAUUGCUUACACCUACGAUCGAUUGGAUCGACUUGGUGGAGAUGAAAUCAGAAAAUUUGAUCAACUAAUCUUGGACCAAUAUGAAAACAUCCUGAGUGUCCUUUGUGAACAAUCAGAUUACCAUGAUGACCAUUACCUGAAACCAAAUAAUUUGCUGGCUAAUCUAUCCUACAAAACAGCGGAAACCAUUAAAAAUCAAGCUCUUAAUCUGAUUAACCAAUAUAAAGCUGAUGUCGCCUUAAUCCUUUCUUGUGAAAAUCUUACACCAAAUUGUGACCUUACAGUUUUAGCGAGUAUUGUUAUCGUGAAAUUAGAUUCACUUCAUCAUGAAAUGUCCAACAUAACGAUUCCCGAUGAAACUACAAGGUACGAGUUCAAACAUUCAAUGUACUUUGCCUUACAACUUUCCAUUAAUCGACUUAAUUUUAUACUUAAUCUGUUGUUCCUUUAAUUUCGUAUCUUAACAUUCACAAUUUCUACUUAAAUCCUUUUAAAUUGAAUCUCCUAACUGACCAAAUAAUCCAAAUAAUUUUCCUAUCAUCAAGUCAAUAAAUUACUUUUGAAUUUUAA